GUGAGGUAAGAAAAUACACGAUAAUACGUUUUUAGGAGAGUUCAACCUGGUUUCGAAUGACAUAUACGCCGUAUUACAAUUGGUCGAAUUGAAUGGGUGCACCCUUAAACGUUGCAAUCCUCCAGAGACAUAAUGGAGCUUGACCUAAGCCUGUACCGUGCGUUGGUUGCGGUUCGAAGGAAACCUGAACCAACAAGUUCCACGUGCGCUGCAGGUUGAGAACCAACAUAAAGCAUGGAUAUCUCGGUUUAUUUGUAAAACUCAUAUUCCUCGUUUUCUCAGUUUCUGCGAACAAGAUUUCGGGCUACUCUCAUCUGCCGAUAACAUGGCCACUAUUCGAGUUGCUGUUACACAGGCUGAGCCCAUCUGGCUUGACCUUGCGGAGUCGGUCCGAAAAGCGUGCGAUCUCGUCGAAGAGGCUGCGGGAAAUGGUGCCAAGAUAGUCGCCUUCGCAGAGGCUUGGAUCCCUGGAUAUCCCGCGUGGAUAUGGGCUCGACCCGUGGACCCUGAGCUCCAGACUAGGUACAUCUAUAACUCAUUAGCUAUAGAGUCAGAUGAAAUGGAGCAAAUCAAAGCGACAGCGAAAAAGCACUCCAUUGCCGUCGUACUUGGGUUUUCAGAGAGGAGCCCUUCGAGCAGCGUCUACAUCGCGCAGGCUAUUAUCUCGCCGCAGGGUGACCUGGUGUUACACAGGCGCAAGAUCAAGCCGACGCAUAUGGAGCGCACCAUCUUCGGUGAUGGAUCUGGAGACGAUUUAACAAACGUGGCCGAACUCGACUUCGGUGACCCAAUUGGCAAGAUCAAGGUCGGGGUAUUCGCCUGCUGGGAACAUACGCAGCCGCUCCUCAAGUACCAAAGCAUCACGCAGGGUGAAGUGAUUCACAUUUCCAUGUGGCCUCCUGUAGACCCGACAACUGGUGUUGACCAUCCAGGUCUGUGGAGCAUGACGGCCGAUGGAUGUCAGAAUCUGUCGCAGACCUAUGCAAUUGAAAGUGGCACAUAUGUUCUGCACUCCACGGCGGUAUGCACUCAGAAUGGAAUCGAUUUGUUGGGUACUCGGAGUGGUCUGUCGUGCAGAGAGCCCGGCGGCGGUCACAGCUGCAUUAUUGGUCCUGACGGGAGACUCCUGACAAAGCCGCUUGCUGAUGAAAAAGCUGAUACCGAAGGUAUCGUGUACGGAGACUUAGACCUCACUAAGGUGGUGGCUGUCAAAGGAUUUCUGGAUACCGUUGGGCAUUACAGCAGACCCGAUCUUCUGUGGCUCGGUGUCGACAAGGAAGCGAAAAAAGUCGUCAUUCCUAGGACUGCCACGAAGCAACCUAAGCCGGAGCAAGAGGCCGCUACCCAAGGAAGUUAAGGGGCUAUGAAACACUUAUGAAUUAUGUAAACUACCUGAUUAGUCAACUAGGGCAGGUAAUUAAUGCGUUACUGAAUGUGUCGAAACGCGCACCUUGGCAGAUUUGCGGGGCAUGGUAGGACUUAAAUG